UGUGUAUAUAAAGGCAGCGUCUGACACAAGAAUCAAUCUGGUGGAUAACCACAUACAGUACUAGAAUUUUAAUCACUGUUGCAACCUUGGCACAAAACAGAAUGGGAUCCUCUAAGCUGGCCCUGCUUCUGGUCCUGGUAUCCUGCGUGGAACGCUGCCUGUCUGCAUCCUGUGUCGUUGACAGCUUCUCAGUCAAAGAGGACUUUGACCCCAAGAGGUAUGCAGGGAAGUGGUACGCGCUGCAGAAGAAAGAUCCAGAGGGCCUGUUCCUGCAGGACAACAUCUCAGCCGAGUACACCAUCGACGAUGACGGCUCAAUGACCGCCUCCUCCAAGGGACGCGUUACUCUGUUCGGCUUCUGGGUUGUGUGUGCUGACAUGGCUGCCCAGUACUCUGUCCCUGACCCUACAACCCCCGGCAAGAUGUUCAUGAACUACCAGGGACUGGCCAGCUACCUGUCCAGUGGAGGUGACAACUACUGGGUGAUCGAUACCGAUUACGACAACUACGCCAUCACUUAUGCCUGCCGCACCCUGAAAGAUGAUGGCAGCUGCGAAGAUGGCUAUGCCCUUGUCUUCUCCAGGAACCCCCGUGGCCUGCCUCCCGCCAUCCAGCGUACUGUGCGUCAGAAACAGGAUGACAUCUGCAUGGCUGGACAGUUCCAACCUGUCCUGCAGUCUGGAGCCUGCUAAAGAGAAAGAGAGUACAACAGAGCAAAGAGAGCAGGAGAGUGAACCAGUUAGCUGCAGUCUAAGUGGCUCGAGUGCAUGUAAGAGAAGGCGUACAUGUUGUGUGGAAUGAAUACACAGAUGCAAAAAAAACAAAAGAAUGAGAGGAGGAAAAAAGUGAAGCAAAGAUAGUGAAAAACCAAGAAUUGCAUUUGUUUUUCCUCCUCUAACUCUCUUGUUCAUCUAUUGUCUGUCCAAGGAAAAUGUCAGUGUUGCUGUGGUGUUGUUUUGAGUGAAUGUGAAAAUUAAAAUAAAAAAAAUAUUUUU